AAUCAUUCAUUAUCUUUUUUCUUUCAGCAAGUUACCUAUAAACUAAUUAAAAGAGCCAUAUUUAGUUUAUGGAUAGUGGUGCUGAUAUUGGAUUGCUUACCCUUCGUUGGUUUUGGGGUUUACUACGAAAAAUCCGAAUGCACCAGAUAUAAAAAUGCUACCAAGGCUAAAGACAUUGCUUACGCCUAUGUGAUUUUCGUAUUUGGAAUGUUUUUAUGUGUGGUGAUCGUCUGUUGUAAUUUAGCAGUCGUAAGGGUCCUUUGCAGAAUGGGCAAGAAGAAUCUCGAGAGAUUAGGAAGAACUGCCAUGAGAAAGGAUAGCAACGAGUUAAGUUUUAAUCACACAACACCCGAAGAAGUGUCCUUUGCUAAAUUGAUGAUCAUGAUCUGCGUGUUUUUUGUUAUAUGUUGGGUGCCACAGUUGAUAACCAUUAUCAUAGCGCAGAUGAAACCAAACACCAAAAUUAAUUUAUUCUAUAAGAUAGCGGAUGGUUGCAUUGCCUUAAACUUCACAUUGGAUCCUAUUGUUUACGUUCUAUCAAGAAAGCCUCAUCGAAAGGGGUUGAGGAAGUUACUCAAACCGAUUUGUCAUCUUUGUUGGCCACAAACUAACCGAAAUUCUUCGAUUCGUUCUAAUACUCAAGAACUAAGCAAAUCUACGAAAGAAGUUAAUCAAAAUAGUCUGGAUAGUAAUCCACUUAACGAAUGUAUUGCUUUGGGUGAGUUAGCGAGACAGAAGAAAGAAUUAGAAGUGAAGAAUGACCUCUCCAACAUCAACAAACUUCAAAUUUAAACGUCACAAAUAUAUUCUUCUUCUGUUUUUAUACUAAAAAACACCAUAAAAUUCAAUAAUCCAAUAUAAAAUUCCUUGAUUUUCUUGUCGUUCCUUCCGCAUCACUAAUUAGAAACGUGCAAAAUUAGAUAUAUAAAUAGUAUUGUUGUACAUAUACUGUACAUUGUACUGUACUGUACGUGUAUUUAGAACGCUCUCGUGAUCUAACAAGUUGUUAAAUUUGAAAUUUUACUUGAAAAUAUUAAAUUAUUUAUGCUAAAAUUUUAACUAUUUUCUAGUCGUUUGCUAGAUCUACUUAUAUAAAUAUAUGUAUACAUAUAUAUA